AUGCAGACCGCGACAUUCAGUGGAAAACGCUAUUUUGUCACGUUCAUUGACGAGUACUCCCAUUUUUGUGCGGUGUACCUGCUGGAGACCAAGUCCGAAGUGUUUGACAAGUUCGCAAAUUACGUUGCGCUUGCUGAGACCCAUACUGGCAAGAGGGUCAAAUGCAUUCGAAGCGACAAUGGCGGUGAAUACACUUCUGCUGCAAUGACCAACUUUUGCGCAAAGCGCGGCAUUGUACAGAAGUUCACGCCACCGUACACACCUCAGUUGAAUGGUGUUGCUGAGCGAAUGAAUCGGACUUUGGUUGAAUCGGCUCGAUGCAUGAUGGAACAUGCCGGUUUGUCGAAGAUUUAUUGGGGUAAAGCUGUUGUGACUGCCGCAUUUCUUCGCAACAGAUGUCCAACUCGAGCAACAAUGCACGACAAGUCGCCAUAUUAA